AUGAUCAUCAGUGCAGAACUAUAUUACGAUUUGCUAGUCGACGAAAGGAUGAAGUUGUCGGAAGAUGGACCCACACUGCAGCAAACCGUGUUUGGCUGGGUAGUUUCUGGACGAGUUCCUGGUAGGCUAGUUAGCGGUGCUAAGACCCAUUCUCAUUCGUGCGCUACGGCCGACAUUCGCGACUUACUAACAAGGUUCUGGGAACUAGAUUCCUGCCACAGUAGAAGUACCUAUUCUCCGGAGGAAUCUGCGUGCAAAGAUUUGUUUGCCCGAACAACAACACGGGAUGAAGAUGGGAAAUAUGUGGUGACCCUUCCAAUAAAGGACUAUCUCCUGAAGCAGCUUGGAGAAUCCAAAUCAAUAGCACUGAAGCGUUUCCUAGGGCUUGAGGAACGAUUCGAGUUGAAGCCAGAAUGGAAGGCUCAGUAUAAGGACUUCAUUGACGAAUAUUUGAAGCUGGGACACAUGAGACCUACCACAGAGGAAGCCGAACCCUCCCCAGCAUAUUAUCUGCCGCACCACGCGGUUAUCAAACCCGAUAGUUUAACAACCAAGUUGAGGGUCGUUUAUGAUGCCUCCUGCAAAACUUCUACUGGUAUUUCAUUGAAUGACGCACUGAUGGUUGGGCCAGUAGUGCAGGAGGAUUUGCUUUCAAUUUCCAUUCGUUUUCGCUUUCACCGAAUCGCUGUAGUAGCAGAUGUGGAAAAAAUGUACCGCAUGGUGAAGGUAGACCCACACGAUCAACACUUGCAACGCAUUUUGUGGCGCAAUACCCCCGAUGAGCCGAUUGGGACGUACGAGCUAACUACGGUCACUUAUGGAACCGCUUCCGCACCGUACUUAGCAACUAGAUGUUUGGCGCAGUUGGGCAGUGAAGGAGCAGCUACGCAUCAGCGAGCGGCGAAGGCAUUAAAAGAGGACUUUUACGUCGACGACAUGUUGACCGGCGCAGACAGUAUUGAAGACGGCAAACUCUUGAUUCGCGAAAUGAGAGAAUUGACAGACUCAAGAGGAUUCAGCUUGCGGAAGUGGGCUUCUAAUGAACGUGGGUUGUUGGCCGAGCUUCCAAAUCAUUUGCUUGACGAACGAAUCAUGCUGGAGUUAGAUUCGUCCAGCUCACACGUAAAAACCUUGGGAUUACUUUGGGAACCGAGGACUGAUAGUUUUCUGUUUUGUUCUCCCAACUGGAACAACAACCCCCCAAUCACAAAACGAAUAGUUUUGGCUGAUGCUGCCCGGCUGUUUGACCCUCUUGGUCUGAUUGGUCCAGUCGUCGUGCAGGCCAAAAUAUUCUUGCAGCAACUUUGGAAACAAAAAACUGAUUGGGACGAACCGUUGAACGAAGAACUACAGAGUUACUGGCUUGAGUACCGCAGAAAUUUGAUGACGCUUAAUUCGUUCUCCAUACCUCGUUGGACCGGAUAUAGCCGCAGUAAGACGGAGUUGGAAAUUCACGGCUUUUGUGAUGCAUCGGAAGCCGCUUACGGAGCAUGUAUCUAUCUCAGAAGCACAUCGGUUGACGGAACAAUAACGACUCGCCUCGUUACGUCAAAAUCAAAGGUUGCUCCGCUAGAAGACUUAAGCCGAAAAAAGAAGAAGCAAUCCAUUCCAAGAUUGAAGCUUUCGUCUGCUCUGACCUUGAGUCACCUUUACGAAAAGGUCUGUAGCAGCAUCCAAUCACUCGGAGAUUCAGCACAUAACUAA